UGUUGACAAAAAUGUUUAUUUUCCGGAAAAAUGAAUAAACUGGCAUGGUUUGAGAAAAGUAACGUUCAAUAGUUGUUCAGUUCUAUUAGAGGAAGGAGAAAAAAUGCCUGCCAACAAGCGGCUAGCGGUUUGGAUGUCGGAGAAAAAGUUACAAAAAAUUAACUGGCAAGAAUUAGUUGGUGUUUGCUCUAAAUAUGGCUUUGAGGUUUUUAAGUUGGACCUCAACAAGAGUAUCGAAGAACAGGGUCCCUUUUGCGUUCUCCUACACAAGUUGACCGAUAUCAUUGCUUCAGCCAACCAAGGAGACAUUCGGAGUAACGAAAUAAUCAACGCCGUCGAAGACUACCUCAAAUCGAACCCCUCAAUAACAGUACUCGACCCCAUUCCAAAUGUAAAGCAAUUACUUGAUAGGUAUAACUGUUACAGCAUAAUCCACGCAUCAGAUCUACACAACUAUGGGGUAUUUACCCCCAACUUUUGCGUACUUAGAAACGGUGAUUUAGAUGUAAUUAGGGACGAGUUGAAAAACUCGCUAGUCACUUAUCCGUUUAUAUGUAAACCUAUAUUGGGACAUGGUUCGCGGCAGGCCCACGAAAUGUCAAUAAUUUUUGACGAAAAGCACCUCAUAGACUGUAGGACCCCGUGCGUAGCGCAAAGCUUUAUUAACCAUAACGCUAUAUUGUACAAAAUUUUUAUAGUAGGAGAUAGUCAUUAUUAUGUGGAGAGGCCUUCAUUGAAAAAUUUCCAUGCUAGUCAAAGGGAAUCCAUAUACUUUGAUAGUAGCGAUGUCUCAAAGGCGGAUUCGAAAAGUAGAUUGUCAGUCUUGGAUCCGGAUGAUGUGGUACUUGAAAAAUGGGAACCGGAUCCGAAAGUUAUGGAAGUGAUUGCUAGUACCCUUAGGAAAUCGUUUGGAAUGGACUUGUUGGGGAUUGAUGUUGUGAUAGAGAAUACGAGCGGGCGAUACGCGAUAAUCGAUGUCAAUGCAUAUCCAGGUUACGAUGGAUUUCCGAACUUUUUCGACGCCCUACUUGAAUGCAUUUCCAAAAAAGUUACCUCCGAUUAGAUUUAAGCCUUAAAACUUAACAAACGAUAGGUGGUUAAAAUCAUGAUUUUAUUUAUUAAUUGAUGUUUUGAGCGGAAAGAUUCACAUUUAUCUCUGUACUAGUUAAUUUUUACGUUUAUUUAUUGUAUUUAAGCAGAAGGAUCACAAAUAUCUCUUCUAUUUGGAUGCUUUCCUAUACAGUGGUGCUUUUAUAUAACAUGAGAUUUUAUAUUUUUACAUGAAAUUUGAAAUCAGUUUAACCACUUUUUACAAUAAUUAUUAUAAGGUAAUACUGCCAAAAAAAAAGAAACAUUUUGUAUGUGUAUUGUAUUAUAAUUAAUGCUCAAAGCAAGUAAGGUAUCAAACAAAACAGAAAACAAUUAUAUUAUAGUAUAUUAAUUCUUUACAAAACAAAACUUUUUAUAGCCUAAUCAAUAAAGAUAUUUAAUAACAUUUUAAUUAAUUAGGUGGUGUAUUUUUUUAGGGAAUUUAGUAAUCACACAUCGUACCUAAGGUCGACGUUUCAAUUAGAACUGGUUCUAAUUGGAACAAAAAAUAAUUGCGUUGCUAUUAUUAGACAUUGGAUUUUUUGUUGGGCUUUCCAGCAGGUAUUAAAGCGGCUUUUCCCGACGCCAUGGUGAAUAUAA